ACCAUUACCUAAAUUUGUCACCUUUUUGCAGAUACGCUUACGACAUCUUCAAAACCGGUUACUCGGAAACGCUGGACGUUGAAGAUUUAUACAAUCCUAUACCGGCAGACGAGAGCACGCAGGCGGGCAACCGAUUAGAAGUAAAAUGGAAGGCGCACCUGGAAGAGACGAGAAAGCGCCGCAAAUCGCCGAGCUUGCUCAAAGUUCUUGUGCGGACGUUUUGGCCCGAAUACCUACUGCUCGGCGUGGUUCUGGGGGUCAACGAUAUCGUGCUUCGGUUGCUGCAACCGUUUUUGUUGAGGGAACUACUCGGGUAUUUCACAUCGGAGGCCACCAAGUCGAAGAGUGAGGCGUACUGGUAUGCCACCGCAAUUGUUGUGAGCAACCUCGGAAUUACCUUUCUUUUGAAUCAGUACAUUAUGGAGGCGUUCCAUUUCGCCAUGAGAGUGCGUGCUGGUUGCUGCGCUCUGAUCUACAGAAAGGCUUUGAAGCUAAGCAGAACGGCCUUAGGCGAGUCGGCCGCUGGAAAGGUGGUAAAUUUGCUCUCGAACGAUGUCAGUCGUUUUGACGUUGCUUCCGUUUUCGUACAUCACAUGUGGGUCGCACCAACCACAGCCGUAAUAGUAAUGUACUUAUUAUGGAAGGAAGCCGAUUAUUGCGGUCUAAUCGGCAUGAUUCCCAUCUUUCUUAUUUGCCCAUUGCAAAGUUACACCGGAAAGUUAACGUCCAAGUACAGAAGGCAAACGGCGUACAAAACCGAUCAAAGGGUGCGACUCAUGGACGAAAUCGUCGCGGGUAUACAAGUGAUUAAAAUGUACGCGUGGGAGAAGCCAUUCGAGAAAAUCAUCCAUUACGCCAGGAAAUCGGAAAUAAACGUUAUUACGAAAGUGUCCUACCUUAGAGGCGUGUUCAUGUCGUUUAAUUUGUUUACGACGCGCGUUGCCUUACUGUUUACGCUAUUGGCAAUGGUUUUGUUGAAACGAGAGAUUACAGCGGCUAAAGUAAGUACCUACCUUGACAAUAUGUAGGUACCAGUUUGGUUGGUGCCCACACGUCAAACUUCCAAACGUAGCACGAAUUUGUUAAUGAGUGGAUCUACUCGGUUUUAGAGCAAAAGAAAAAUCUCGCGCAGUUGAUACCUUAGCAGAUUUUCCUAAUAGUUAAUAUUCGAUUCGGUUCAAGUUAGACAAAAAAAACAUACAUUUGAACAAAGCUUGAAAUGGUAGCAGUUUGCUUUUAUCAUGAGCAUCCACAGUUGGUGUGUUAUGUGACUGUACAGAACAAACAUGUUAGGCACAAUUUUAAGUAGUCAUAUUUCAGGAACUCCUUCCAAUAAAAAAAUAUAGGUACCAAUCAAAGUAUUUAAGCUACACUAUCUAUAUGUGUGAAUAUGCCUACCUACUGACACAACCGUAAUAAAAACAAAUUUAAAAAAUGUGCCAAAUUCCUGACAGAACAGCUUCCUAGCUCAAUUCAUAAAUAGCGCUUUUAGAAGAGCGUCUUCAAAAUCUGAUAAGUGUAGGCAAAAACGUUUCCCACGAAAGUUUAUUAUUUUCCAAUGUAGAAAUUCAAUACAAAGAAUAGAUAGGUUUCUAUUUGAAAAAAUGAAGCUGUCCUAUACAGUUUCCCAGAACUGGUAGUCCAAAAAAGGUGACACUAUACGCCUUCGCGGCUAUACCCCAAUUCGUUUCGUGUAUACAGUUAAUAGUCCAUGGGCCAGUCGACAUGACAGUAUAA